AUGCAUAAACUAUGUGGUUAUAGUUAUGUGGUUAUUUGUAUAGACAGUUUACUUAACUAUGAGAUUACGAGUCAUGAUUUAUAUAGAAGGUCAGAUGCGCUAGAAAGAUUUGUUACAAAAAUAGAAGAGGAGCUUUUAACCAUCCAAGAAGAUUUAUCUGCACCAGCUGAAAUAAUCAUGGCAUCUGGAGAUCUUAAAGAGUAUAAUGAAGCAACUGAAUGCUGGAUUUGCAAGAAAGCUUUUCUAAAACCAUCUUCAGAAGUAUCGAGAAGACCAUUCAGAAAAGAAAAAGAUACAAAAAGAAUACUAAGAAGCUUUAAGAUCAUUUGA